CCAUAAAAUACAAAAGACUUCUAAAAUUAUCGUAUAAAUAUCCAAGAUUGUCGUCUAAAUACCUAGUAGUUAGAACCAGGUCUGGAUAGAUAAUAAUUUGAAAUAAAAUGGAGCGAAGGUCUGAAGUGGUUUAUAAAAGUGUUUGUGAGAAUGCAGAUGGGAAACUUCUAUCGAAGAAAGAAGAUGAACCACAAAGAAGAAAUAGAACCUUUCUGUAUCUUUCAGCAGUCAUAGCUAAUUUAUUUAUGUUCAGCAUAUCGACCCUAUCCAGUUGGUCUUCAUCGGCAAUAGAAAAAUUAACCGCAAAUAGUUCAGAUAUCAAUCCAUUGGGAGAACCAAUAACAGCAGUACAAGAAUCAUGGAUAGCCUCUUUACUGCCACUAGGAGCAGUAGUUGGCCCGCUUCUUUCUGGAAAGCUCUGCGACACACUAGGAAGAAAGAAGACUCUACUAAUAAUGGCAGUUCCAAACAUCAUUUCUCUGUUAACAAUAUGUUAUGCAAGAAGCAUAACUAUUUUUUAUAUAUGUAGGUUUAUAAAUGGUCUUAUCACAGGAAUGGCAUUCGCUAUUACACCUGUGUAUCUUUCAGAAAUCUCGGAAGUGAACAACAGAGGAGCCAUCUCAACCUUGCAGGGGAUCUUCAUGAACGCAGGGGUCUUGUUUAGUUUUUUGUUAGGACCGCUCUGUUCUCUUAAGCUUCUAACGUUUCUGUGUGCCUUACCUGCAAUUUUGUUUAUUAUUUUAUUUGGUAUAUUCAUCCCAGAAACGCCAGUAUUUCUAGUAUCUGUGCAUAAGGAAGAUAAGGCAAAGGAAGCUCUGAAAAAAUUGAGAAUGACAAAGAACGUUAAUGAUGAGUUUAAAGGGAUAUUAUCUUCAUUUCAAGCUUCAAAUCAAAAAGAACAAGGUGCUUUGGAGGUAUUUAAAGAUGUUGGAUCUAGAAAAGCUCUGAUUAUAAUCAUAGGAUUAAUGUUUACUUGUCAAUGUUCUGGAGUUAAUCCAGUCGUAAGUUAUCUUGAUACUAUUUUUAAAGAGUCUGGUUCUACCCUACCACUCUACUUUUUAACAAACGCAGUGGGAGUUAUACAAAUUGUCGGAAAUUGCAUUUCGGUGGCACUAAUAGAGAAACUAGGCAGGAAAAUUCUAAUUUUGACAUCGACAGUAGGUGUUUUAAUGACCGAAAUUACACUUGCAGUUUACUUUUACCUCAAACAUGUUCAACAAUACAAUAUGGAUGGGAUGUCUUGGUUACCAGUUACUAGCACAAUUACCUUCAUCUUUUUUAUAAGCUUAGGGUUAUCUCAACUACCGUUUACCGUUAUGGGAGAGAUCUUCCCUCAUAGUACCAAAGCUUUUGGAUCAGCUCUCGGUUGCUGUUCUGGUUCUGUUUUCGCUUUUGCCGUCACCUUUCUAUUUAGGGUAUUUAUGAACUUGUAUGGCCUAGCAUUUUGUUUCUCUUUGACCAGUUGUUUUGUGUUUUGUGGUAUGCUCUUUAUAUACUUUGUGCUCCCCGAAACGAAAGGAAAGAGUGAAAGUGAAAUUCAACGAAUGUUAAUAAAGUAAAUAUGUCUGCAAAUUAGUGUACAGAUUUUUCAAUAUAAUCGGUACUUGCACCAAAAACAUAUGGAGACGAUGAAUAGGUUGCUUAUAUGAGUCCAUAGUUAAUGAAAUAAAAAUAGACUUACUCAAAA